GGAGUUUCAUCUUUUAUUGCCAGCGAGUGACAUACAGUUGUAUCCUCAUUACUUCUCCUGACUCCAAUGUAAUAAACACAGGGCUUACACCAAGGACUUACAAGGAUGGCCCGGAUACACUCUGCUGCCGCUUUUCACGAAGAUAGUGCGUUUAGCUUGGUAACAGUCAAAGUUGUACAAGCCUCACAUAUACCAUGGGCUGACUGGAUGAGCCAUGCUGAUUGCUAUGUGUGUCUGUGGCUACCAACAUGCACUACAAAAAUCCUGAAGACAAAGACUGUGGCAAACACCAGUGACCCUGUAUGGAACGAAACAUUUCAGUUUACCAUCUGCAAUAAUGUGAAGAACAUGAUACAACUGACACUUCAUGAUGAGGAUGUAAUCACAGGAAAUGACCUGCUCUAUUCACUGAUAUUCGAUGUGGACAAAAUCGCAGUUGGAGAGACUCGACUGGAAACAUUCAGUCUUAACCCUAAUGGGCCAGAAAAUCUUCAAGUGGAAUUCACAGUGCAAAAAUUUCAAGAUUAUCGUGAAAAGAUUCUGACAAAUGGAGUGAUUGUGGCCAGAGAGAUGAGCUGUCUGGAUGUAAUUGUCGACAAGCAUAGGACCCCCGAGUACCUACAAGGCAAACAGGUUAUCUUGUCAGUAGAAGACUCUUGUGAAAAAGUAUGCAGACUGGAGCUGAAUCCCUGCACAGACUCCGAUCACUUGCAAACCUGCAGAUUCCACUAUCUCAAAAGAUGGGACCCACAGUUUACAGCCCAUUUGGAGGGAAUAGAGGACCAUAACUUUCACAUUAUUCCAGUGAAAUUACUUCCUCUGGGACAGGAACAGAAGAUCCUACUCUCCACUGUUCAGGCCAGACCCCUAGAAGUGAAAUUCAAAGCCAAAGACUGCCCUGACAAACUGAGCGUACGAAUGGGAUUUGACAUUUGUGAUGAUGAGAAGCUUUACCUCUCGAAGAGGAGAAGAGUUGUCGCAAAUACCCUAAAGAGGGUUUUGAAGCUUGACCGAGAUUUAGAGGAUCAUGAGAUCCCUGUGAUUGGCGUCACAACCACCGGAGGCGGUGUUAGAGCAAUGACUGCCCUGUACGGUACACUGGCUGGACUGAAGAAACUGGAUCUCUUGGACUGUGUGACGUACAUUACAGGAGCUUCUGGGUCCACGUGGUCGAUGAGUAAAUUAUACGAAGAUCCAAACUGGUCACAAAAAGAUCUGUCUGCACCCAUACAAGAUGCUUGUAGGAAUGUGACCAAAAGCAAGACAAGUGCCUUUUCCUUUGAUCGUCUGGCAUUCUAUAGGGAAGAACUAAGAAAGCGAGCAGAGAUUGGCUACAAGACGUCAUUCACAGACCUGUGGGGUUUGGUUAUCGAAUCCAUGUUCUGCGAUGGUGUCAACGAGACAAAACUAUCAGAUCAGAGAAAAGCAUUGGCCCAUGGGCAGAAUCCACUUCCUCUCUGUUUGGCAAUGAAUGUGAAACCAAAUGCUUUUUCCACACUGGAUUAUAAAGAGUGGUGCGAGUUUUCUCCUUAUGAGGUGGGGUUACUGAAGUAUGGAGCCUUCAUCCGCUCAGAAGACUUUGGCAGUGAAUUCUUUAUGGGAAGACAGACUAAGCCACUUCCGGAGUCUAGGAUCUGCUACUUGCAGGGAUUAUGGAGUAAUGUCUUUUCUAUAAAUCUGAUGGAUGCGUGGUUUGCAGCUGUAAGUUCUGAACAUUUCUGGCACAGAUUCACCAGGGACAAUGUCUAUGAGCUGGAAGACGAAGAAGAAGCCUUACAUAGGAGGCAAGAAUCAUCAGGUUUGUUAACACGCAUGCUCCAGCCAGCAGGUGAUUUCAGCCGUAGUGUGCGGGAAAUUUUAACUAAUCGUCCUCUUGAUGGAGAGCAUCACAAUUUCAUGAGAGGACUGCAGAUGCAUAAAGAUUAUUCCAAGCAUAAUGGAUUCGCUGCAUUUGAUGAUACAGAACUGGAUAACUCUCCAAACAGUCUGACACCCUCUACUGAAGAGCUCUGCCUUGUGGACAGUGCAUACUACAUUAAUGCCAGCUUUCCUCCGCUGCUUCGAAAGGAACGCAAAGUAGACAUUCUUAUGUCAUUUGACUAUGGAUUAUCAAAAAAGUUCACAUCUGUGGAACGCACCCAGGAGUACUGCCAUGUUCAUGAUAUCCACUUUCCGAAAAUAGACGUGUGUAAAGAGGACAGAACAGCUCCUAAAGAAUGUUAUGUCUUCAAAAGCUGUGGGAACCCUGAAUGUCCCACUGUUCUACAUUUCCCUCUAGUUGAUGACACAUUCAAACAGUUCAAACAUCCAGGAGUUGAACGGCUAACAGAUCAAGAAAAAGCAGAUGGAUCAGUAAAUCUGGAUUCCAAUUCGCCUUACGGCUUGCUUAAAGUGACUUACAGUAAGGAAGACUUUGAUAAACUGGUCAAUCUCACAGAAUAUAAUGUGGAGAAUAAUGAGAAUACAAUCCUGCAAGUCCUGCGAGAGGCCAUUGCAUGCAAGCAGAAUUCAAAGCCUAGUUAAUGUGUGAGCAUUUUAGAAAUGCAGAAGAUGCAAGGUACCUUUAGGAAUUGCUACUACCCUAGUUGGUAACAUGUUCCUGUGUGCCAAUAUGUUGUUUUUUUUGGACCAGUAAAAUUCUGCAAGAUAAACAGAUGUUUACAGUUUUUAGUGUCUGAUACCAUAAGGCUAUAUUAAAAUCUGUCCUACGUUAUGUUAUAGUCAUUGCUUUACUUGCUUUGACUAUAUAAGAAUUUUUUUUAAAAGUAUUAAGGGAUUUUUUGCAUUUGCUCUAUUGAUGACCUACCCUGAAGAUAGUGUAAUAGCAAGUGUAGAGCAGCACUCGUGGACCUCGUGACCAGCCACGAGCCACGACCGCAGAUCCUCAGCAGUCUAACCAAUAGUGACCGAAAAUAGGCGACGGCAGCAUCUUCAGUGCAUUCUUUAUUGGGUGGGGUUGUAUGCACUUAAAAAGGGUGGAUUUUGCCACUUUGUACUAGGCUUGAUAAAGGCUACCAUGUAGCCGAAACGUUGCUGUCUGGUUUUUAUGGUACACUUUCUGUGAAGCUCGUCCAAUAAAGAAUGCACUGAAGAUGCUGCCGCCUCCUCUUUUCGUUCACUACCCUGAAGAUAGGUCAUCAGUAUCAAAUCGACGUGGAUCAGACUGCCGAAACCGAUGCAAGCAGCUCCUCCGUUCUAUUUGCUUCAAUGGCACGGCUCCUUCCUAUUGAAGUGAAUAGGAGGAAGUCGUCCCUUUUGAAGUGAAUGGGACGGCACCACUGUAAUUACACUGCUCACCGCUGCAAUGUUGACGGGGAGUAGGUAAACAGAAGAGAGCGCAGCACCUGUACGAGCGCCGUGCUCUCUUCAAACAGCUGAUCAGCAGGAGUUCCUGCAGAUCUGAUAUUGAUGACCUAUCCUGACAACCCCUUUAAGCGUAGGUACAGUACAUUUUACUGCUAAAUUCCAGCUAUGUAAUAUGGUCUAACUUGUUACAAUGCAAACUAAAGUCCAUGCCUGUCGGCUGUGUUCACAUCUGUACUGAAAGAGGAUUCGGUGAUGAUUGGGGUCCGUUAGGCCCAAUGUGUCAGUCAUAUCCUGCACAUUUUCAUUGUUCUGCUCCUAUGACAGAAAUGAACAGAGCCUUAGCUGGAACAUUUUAUUUUUUUGUAUAUUUAAAUAUUGUGCUUUGUUUAUAAGGGAUUGGUGGUAAAAAUGGUGGGGCAUAUGUAAUUUAAAAAAAAAUAUUUAGAAUGAGAUUUAUCUGUGAAAAUGUCUGUCAUGUAGCUAUUAGGGGGGAAAUUCUUAUUCCACUUCACGCCAGUUUUAUGGCAUUAAAAAGUCGCACAUUACGGUGCAUAUCUACGCUAUAAUUUGCGACUUUUCACUCCUCGUCACAUAUCUCCACUUUUAGAUUGAUGUCUGUUGAAUCAAUUACAUACUAAAAAGCAG